AUGAUCCCACCAUAUUAUCGUUUCCCCACGGAUAAGCAGAACGACCAGUACAUGGCGCACACCAAAAAUGUUGGGAUUCACUUUGAUCUUCACCAUGUGACCCAUUUAUACCUUCGCCAAUAUCGCCUCUAUUUCAGGAAACGUGAGAAACGUGAUCGUAACAACCAAGCCGCUCGAACGUCACGACUUCGACGAAAAGCUCGCGAAAGUCAUUUGCUGAAGGAAGCCGAAGCUCUACAGCAGGAGAAUGAAGUGCUAAAAGAUGAAGUCGGUGAACUGAAGAAGGUACUCUACACUCUUCAAGACGAAGUCAGAAAUCGGUUCAACGUUGUCGACGUCGAAAAUGUGGAAAAUGUCAUAAAGUAUGAGAAUGUUGACUAUACUUUCCAUAAUCAGAAUCUAUAA